GCAAUGCAAGGAGUAAAUUCCACCAUUUGGAACUUUUUUUUCCUGGAGGGAUUUUCCCGAUACCCGAGGUCUGAGAUUGUUCUCUUUGUCUUCAGCCUUGUCGUGUAUCUGAUAACCCUUUUGGGUAACAGCACUCUUAUUUUAAUCACGAUCCUAGAUUCACACCUUCGAACCCCCAUGUACUUGUUCCUUGGAAAUCUCUCUCUCGUGGAUAUUUGUUACACAUCUGCCUCUAUUCCUGCUUUGCUGCUGAACUUGCUGUCAUCCCAGAAAACCAUUACCUUUUCUGGGUGUGCUGUGCAGAUGUAUCUGUCCCUUGCCAUGGGCUCCACAGAGUGUGUGCUCCUGGCUGUGAUGGCAUAUGACCGUUACGUGGCCAUCUGCAAGCCGCUGAGAUACCCCAUCAUCAUGAACAGGCGCGUCUGUGUGCAGAUGGCCACCGUGUCCUGGGUGACGGGCUGUUUGACUGCCCUGCUGGAAACCAGUUUCGCCCUGCAGGUGCCCCUCUGUGGGAAUCGCAUCGACCACUUCGCGUGUGAGAUUCUGGCAGUGCUAAAGUUAGCUUGUGCAAGUUCCCUGCUCAUGGACACCAUCAUGCUGGUGAUCAGUGUCCUCCUCCUGCCCAUCCCAAUGCUCUUAAUUUGCAUCUCUUAUGUCUUCAUCCUUUCCACUGUUCUGCGAAUCAGCUCAGCAGAGGGAAGAAACAAAGCUUUUUCCACCUGUGGUGCCCACUUGACUGUGGUGGUCUUGUAUUAUGGGGCUGCCCUCUCCAUGUACCUGAAACCUUCCUCAUCAAACUCACAAGAAAUCGACAAAAUCAUCUCAUUGCUUUAUGGAGUGCUUACCCCCAUGUUGAACCCCAUGAUUUACAGCUUAAGAAACAAGGAAGUCAAAAAUGCUGUGAAAAAACUGCUGGGCAAAAUACCACUGCAUCAAACACAAGAACAUCUCUGA